AAUCUGUCAUCAGAAAGUGAAGAAAAAAAAACAACAAAAGCAGAUGGGCCGAAAAGUUGUGUAAAAGCUCGCGCGGUGCUGCGCCUCGAGUUUAAAGAUCCAAAUUGAAGGAAAUUACCGAUUCCCGAGGUUCAUAAUCCGACCGGCAACAAAAUGUUCCACCGGAAUCUGUUAAAAGUAUCGCAUCGCCUAGUCAAACUGCACCACGCAACCAUCCCAACGGUUUAUUCCCUGACCGCUCUGCCCUUGAAACGAGGGCUUGCGCUGGCCAGUAGCAGUAAUCUUCUGGUCUUGAAGGCUUCCCAGGAUCUUCAGUCGAUCGGUGCCAACCGGUUUCUGCAUCUCUCCAGAGAAGGGAAAUGUAAAAACACCGGUGAGCUGAAGGAACCGGUGGCCGGGGCUGCCCAGGCACCUCAGCUGCUCUCGAAGCUGUUUCCCCAAACGGCGGCAAUCGAUGGCAAUGAUGCCGCCGAGCAGGCCCAGAGGGAACAGAAGCGAAAGGAAGAGGAAGAGGACAAAAAGGAGAAGGAAUCCUCUUGGAAGCGGAUGAAGCUGGGAUUCGUCGUCUUCGGGGCCUCGAUGACGGCCCUCUCGGUGUACAUCGUGUACAUCUUCGGAGCACCGGAUCGCGAUCACGAGGGCAACAUCAUCGAGGACGAAUUCAUUCACCUGCCCACGUUCCAGCAGUAUUUCAAGCGGCUGUGGAAAUCAAUGACCUACUACCAGAAGAUGAUUCAGGAGCCGUCACGCGAGAAGCUACUGCCAGAUCCGCUGAAGUAUCCCUACAUCCAGCCACCCUACACGCUGGUGCUGGAAAUGAAGGACGUCCUGGUGCAUCCGGAUUGGACAUACCAGACCGGGUGGCGGUUCAAGAAACGUCCCGGUAUCGACAAAUUCCUAGAGUCAUUGGCACGCCAUUUUGAGAUUGUAAUCUUCACUGCCGAUCAGGGUAUGACCGUUUUCCCCAUUCUGGAUGCCUUGGAUCCCCACGGUUAUAUAAUGUAUCGGCUGGUACGAGACGCGACCCACUUUGUCGAUGGGCAUCACGUGAAAAAUCUGGAUAAUUUGAAUCGUGAUUUAAACAAGGUUAUCGUCGUUGAUUGGGACCCUAACUCGACGAAACUUCAUCCGGAGAAUACCCUAAAUAUUCCGCGCUGGAGUGGAAACGAUGACGACACCACCCUGUUCGAUUUAAUGUCCUUCCUGAUGACGAUCGCUAGCAGCGAGGUGGAGGACGUCCGGGAGGUUAUGACCUACUACAAGCAGUUCGAAAAUCCGCUCGCAAAAUUCCGGGAAAACCAACGGCUACUGGCCGAGCAGAUGGCCGAAAAAGAGCAGGAGGAAAAACACAAAGCGAAACCCGCGGUUCAGAAGUGGCGACCAAGUUUUCUGGGCGGAGGUCGCUGAAUUUCUCGCGUUCAUAUUGAUAGGAUAUAGCAGUUUUUUUUUUGUUUCGCUUUUCUUUUUUAUUUGUUUCGAUUAUCAUCAACGUUCCAUGAACAAAAGAAUUUCGUUGUCACUCUUGCAACUAUCUUGGGCAUCGAUUGAUUCCAUACUGUUUGCCUGGUUGUGAAAGUGGGAAUAAAAUGAGUCAAAAACAAAGAAAAACUUGAACAAAA